CCGCGGCGGGAAAGGUUUGAGCUGGAGCAGGGCCUGUGUGCUGGUGCGGGAGAUUCAGGCUACCGGAAUGAUCAUGAGCAAGGCCGACUAUGCUGAGAUAGCCAGGUAUCUGGAACGGCUGCGGCCCAACAGGCAGAGCUUGAAAAUGUUGAAGGAGCAAUUCCCCAGGUACUCAUCUCUGCAACGACUGUUUAACUAAGUCAAAGGAAGAUGUAACAGCGAUAUUGAAAUGACGGAAUUUUGAUAAAAUAGCAAGAAAACUGUAAAAGGUGGCAUCCGAGUUGGCGGUUGAAGAUUGGCAAAAGAAAAAGGGGAAAUGCGAAGGACUUCACAUUUGAAGUUAAGAUUUGGAAUACUCUGCAAGAUUUGCAAGAGCAGCAACUAAGAACAUCAGAUUACACAGUAAAAAAUUCAAUCGCAGUCCACUCUGCUGAGCAUCUUCUCCCUGGAGUACCAGAAACGAAUGAAAAGGACACAUGUGAAGCAUCACACGGCUGAGGCUUGUGCAACUUAUUACCAAAGGUACCUGAGUGGUGUGAUGAACAAUGCAGCUGCCCCAGUUCUCUUCGAGCUGGCCAAUGAGAUGGACCUAGCACCUUCAUUGAUGGCAAGAAUUGUGCUCGAAAAGUUCUUGCAGAAACAUGACCAGACCACGCCAAGCAAACCUGUCAUAAAUGGCAUGUUAAGGGACCCAUCUCAGAUUCCUGACAGGGUUCUAGCUAAUCAAGUUUAUCAGUGCACAGUGAACGACUGUUGUUAUGGACCGUUGGUAGACUGCAUCAAACAUGCAAUUGGACAAGAAUAUGAAAUUCUACUUUGUGAAAAAUUGCAAAGAAAGAAAUUAUCCUUUUUAGAUGAAGAUCAACUGCGCACUAAAGGCUAUGACAAAACACCUGACAUUAUUUUGGAGGUACCAGUUGCUGUUGAAGGUCAUGUGAUUCAUUGGAUUGAAAGCAAGGCCUCGUUUGGAGAUGAGUAUAGUCACCAAUCUUACUUGCAAGACCAAUUCUGGAGCUAUUGGAACAGAUUUGGACCCGGAUUAGUGAUCUACUGGUGCGGAUUUAUUAAGGAGUUGGACUGUCAUCGUGAACGUGGAAUAUUAUUAAAAGAUUGCUUCCCUGAAGAUAUUAUAACCUUCCACCAUACCAGAGCCAGCAUUGACAGUGGAAAGAAGAGGUGAAUCCGGAAGUAAUUUUGCCUUCCUGCAGUGCUAACUACCGGCAACAUCUCUCCUGAACUUUAGUUGAACUCCUGCUGCCCUGGGUCACCAUAAUACCUCUUUAGAAAAACACAUUGUGUUUCUGCUUUACUUCAGCAACACACUUCUGUGAGCAGCCAAGAACUGCAGACACAUACCUCCCAUUAUCAGCAUCCCAGUCCGUGUCAAGACUUUAUAGAUAGUUUAAUCUUUCUACAUCCGAACUCUUUCCUCCACAGAGAAGAGAAAAAUUCUGCCGCUGCAAAAAUAAUUAAUUGAAAGCUUUGUGCGAGGCAGACGAAUGAAAUCGUUUAUUUUAAAGGUUUGUUUAAUUAAUUUUAUAAAAGAAAUGUUGCUCCAUUUUAUCUGUUCCACCGCGGGAGAAAAUCUUAACUAGCAUAUGCUGUUCUGAAAAAGAUUGCCAGAAAGACGGAAGAAAGUGUGUGUUCAAAGCCUCCUUGAAAAUAGGCAAUAUCCCCUCCCACUCUUGGUCAUCUCUGGUCUAUGACCAUUCGACAUAGAGAAGGUGCACUCAGGAUGAUAUUGAGGACCUUAUGUCCAUGUGUCAGGACCUCGAGGAGACCCUAAGUAGGUGGCAGAAGAAAUAUACCACCUCACAAACUACCUGCACAUCCGCCUCCAGACAACAUUUACCCUAUCAGUAGAAGAAUCUGCUAACAGCCACCACAGAGCCCACAAAGAGUGAAAGCGUCAUCCUCAAUCCCAAAGAAUUGUAGAAGAAUGGGAAAAUUAUGAUAUAUUACAUAACCUUAAAAAGGUUUAAAAUUCUUUAUCCUUAUUCAAAUUGGCUAAUUAAAACCUCAGUUAAGAUCAAUUUUGGUUCCAUGUAUGUCAGUGAUAGAUGAUGAAAAUGUGAUUUGAAUGGGUAAUGUACAAAAUGAAGGAAUGAAACUGCAAACACGAUACUUCGUGAAUUUACCUGUUCAACGGCAGGAAUGUAACUUAGGUUUUCAAUUUGAGCAAACUUUAAACUAUCUAAGUGCAUGACAAUGAAUAUUUGAAAAUCACGUUUUUUACAUCAAUUUUAGUUUCCUUAUUCAGUAAAAGUUUUAUUGAGCGAUUGUUUGUGAUAAGCAUGUGCGUGUUAAUUAUUGAUCCUCUAUCCAUUGGAAAAGCAUGAUUCCUAGAAUUAAAGAUUGCCUGAAGAAAGGUAAUUACGAUACUGGUCUCUGUGAGUUUGGCAAAAUAUUCUACUGUGAUCCAGAGCAAAACACUUUCCACAUUUUUGACCACAAAACUCAACAAGUGGAAGAAAUUGGACACUGUACUUGCUUCAUAGUAUCAAACAUUUACCAUGGUAAAACCGCUAUAGUGCACUGCUUGUAGUCAUCUAGUUUAAAGAGACUUUGAGAUAAACAUCAAAAAAUGCUCUGUGCUUUCUGAUUUUAAUUGGCUUUCUGAUUUUAAUUUAUCCUGAAGUUACAACCUCUUGACUUUCUUGCCAGCUAUUGAUUGUAACUGUUCUAUUGAACACUAUGACUGCUUUUUAUAGACAAUGUGUUCUGUUAGAUCUAAGUAUCACAUACUCGUGAGUUUGCUGUCUGCUAUGCCUUUUUGCUGGUCUGUUUUAUAAAUAGAGCUAAGUGUAAGUCUUGUACACUGUAGUUAAUACACUUAAAUGUUUGGUAAUAACCCAGACUUGUCCUUUGACAAAUUAUUACAAUUUUAUGCGCAAGUGAUGUUUAUGGAGAAACUGAGAGCUUACUAAUGCACAAAUGUAAAAUUGCCCAACCUCAGAGAAGUGCAUCCUGAUUCUUUUGGAAAGACAAGUGUUGUACAAUUAUAAAAGAGCUCCUCGGAAUGCCAGUGAAGUGCCUUUGCUCCAGAAAGCUGCAUUCAUAUCAUGUCAGUGUUUAGAGGAUGUGUUGGGACUGCUAAUGGAAUAAAACCAAAUGCACUGUUCUGUUUUGCAUGGUGUGUUGACUUAUCCACUCCAGAGAAAUAUGUAACAGAAACAAAAAUGUGUGUCAAUUUAUUCAAUAGAUAUGAUCUUAGUGUGGAUAUUCCUUCUGAAACUUAGAUCCAUUGCAUUGAGGGCUUGUAUUAAAUCUCCUCCAGCCCGUGGCUGCCCAUUAUGAAGCAAUAAAGCUGCAAAAAAGUUGAUUCAAAUUUGCUACAUUUUAUCCUCUGUUUCUGUAUAAUUGUAACUUGCCUUUUUUUUUGCUAAAAAUCACUUUUCUUCCACAAUAAAUAAUUUUAAUUUUGCUUGUGAA